AUUUAAUUGUUACUUUUUUACUAAUUUAUGUUAGAAAUUCAAUUAAAGCGUGAGGAUUAUCUCUCUUGACAGAGGGUCAGAGCACAUUCAAGUCAGAGAUAAUCUUUUUUUGUCGAUUUAGAGUCUAAUAGCUCACCAGUUUCAGUCACCCGUUCUUACUAAUUAGUUAUAACUCUGAAUAAAACUAGAAUGUAUUAAAUUUGGUUCAUUUGGUAUCAAAUUACGUACCUCAAUUCAUUUGGAACAAGCUGGACAAGGAUAUCUGAAUAAAAUGGAGGUGUUACCUGUACUAUUGACUCUUUCUGUUGUCGGGCUUUUGACAGCUUACUUGGCAAUCCGAAUGUCCUCUUACUGUAAGAAAGGUUCAAAACUUCCAGGCAUAAACAGUUUUAUGUCAUUUGAUUUGGUCUUGAAACUGUGGAUUUCAAAAGAAGAUAUGUUCUCAGUUGUGAAAGAUGUCCUUAUAAAAACAAAAAACCUAAAUAAAGAUUUGGUGGCAUUUUGGUUGGGUCCUGUGUUGCUCGUCGAAAUAAAAAACCACGACGAUCUCGAGCAAAUAUUAACAAGCCAAGAAUGUUUGACAAAAUCAAUACAAUAUGAAUUUCUGCAUAACUGGCUCGGUACAGGAUUGCUUACGUCGACCGGAGCUUUGUGGCACAGCAGAAGGAAAUUGCUCAUGCCAACAUUUCAUUUUAAAAUAUUGGAACAGUACAUCAGCAUUUUCAACGAGAACCUGGAAAUAUUAAUUGGAAAGCUUAAAUCAAAAGUGAAACAGGGGUUUUUCGACAUUGAAGAAUUUAUCACAACUUAUUCACUUGAUGUCAUAGCGGAAACAGCCAUGUCGAUCAAAAUAAAUGCCCAAAAAGAAUCAACGCCGUUUACAUUAGCCAUUAAAAGCAUCACCAAUUCUUUGUUCAUUAGAGGUUUGACGAUUUUCUAUUAUUUGGAUAGCAUUUACAAAUGGUCACCAACCGCUAAAAGUGAAAAGAAUUCAAUAAACGUCAUUUUUAACACAAUCAAUUCACUAAUAGCAACUAAAGAAAAAUCAGUUACAGUUGUAAAUGAUUUUAGUACCAAUGAAUUUGGGGAAAAGCAAAGAAUUGGCUUUAUUGACAUGCUUUUACUUGCAAAAAGUAAAGGAGAUAUUGAUCUUAAAGGGGUUAAGGAUGAAGUUAAUACAUUUGUGUUUGAGGGACAUGACACGACUUCUUCAGCUAUGAAUUUUGGCCUGUACCUCCUGUCGAAACAUCCAGAAGUACAAGAAAAAAUUUAUGCUGAGAUCAAAGAAGUUCUUGGUGAGAAAACCGUUUUGGACCACAACGACCUCAAACAUUUGAAAUAUCUGGAAAGAGUUAUCAAAGAAAUUUUAAGACUGUACCCAAGCGCACCUUUAAUUGGAAGGUCCCUUCAAAAAGAUUUCAAGCUCAAAAGUGGUCAUGUACUACCAGCUGGCACGACAAUCGUCAUCUUCUUAUACCACUUGCACAGAAAUGAAGAAGUUUUUCCAGAACCGGAAAAGUUUGACCCGGACAGAUUUCUGCCAGAGAAUUGUGUAAAAAUGCAUCCGUACAGUUAUCUACCAUUUAGUGCAGGUUUUCGUAAUUGUAUCGGACAAAAAUUUGCAAUGCUUGAGGUAAAAAUAGUACUGGCUGGGAUAAUAUCAAAUUUCAAAAUCCUUCCUUCGAACCAAGAAAUUAAAGAAUUUACUAGUGUCGUUUUAAGAUCUGCAGAAGGAAUCAACAUUUCUUUAGAAGAAAGAAUCGUCAAAGAACCUUGAUUUAUGCUUCAUUUAUAUGUAAUAAAUCAUUUAUAAACUUUUAGUCAUGUUGUGAGAUUUCUACUAUCUUGAUUAUUUGGAGAUCGUGAGAUGCGGUCGUAUUUGACGUAGGUUUUAGAAAAACAUUUUCUUUAUCACGCCAACGUUUUUAUCUUUAUUGGGAUCAUCUUCAGGGCUCAAAACGUGUUUGUUUUCCAUGUAGAUGUGUCAUUGUUGAGUGUCGUGUUGAGAGUGUCUGAAGAUGAUCUCAAUAAAGAUCAAAACGUUGGCGCGAUAAAGAAACUGUUUUUCUAAAACCUACGUCAUACCAGACCACAUCUCACGACCUCCAAAUAAUCAUUAUGUAAUGGUCACAUAAUGAUAUCAUUUCUAUUAUCUUUCAACCUGCAGUUUUUGUCAUUUUGUUCUAGCUUGUUUCACUAUAUGUAUGCAUUUUGCCUUCAUCACCUCUAAAUUAAACUAAAACUCACUACCAACGAUAGUAAAGACAAAAUAUUGUCAGACAGGCCAAAGUUUCAAUGAUAGCCAGAGCUAAAGAAAUUUUACAAUAAUCUUGAUUUAUGUCCUCAGUGUUUUGGCCUAUCAUUUGCAUUUGCGCAACACCUGAUCCAAAACAGUUUUUAUGUAUAUAUUAAAUAAUAAAUUUAUGUAAAAUACACAUCACCAAUUUUUUUUAAUAAACUUUUUAUUUCAUUUUGUCGUUAUUUAGUAAUUUGUGAUCAUUUUGGUCAGCUAGCCUUGCUGUUUUGCACUAUUAGAGGUAUAGGUUAUUGCAGCACGUGUCAGAACAAAAUUCAAAACAAUCGAGCUACAGGUUUUAUGUUUGUGUUAAGUAAUAAAUUUAUGUAAAAUAUA